UGGUCUUGGUCACUGGUCAAAACGCAAGGAAGGGAUGUUGCUAUAAUUCGUGUAGAGCGCUGCCUCGCUUCCACAAUUGCAAGUCUUUUAGAGGUUCAGUUCCUUUAGUUUAAAACAGAAUGCCAAUUACGAAUUAUAUACUUAAACGUUAACAACAAUCGAUAACAUUUUAGGCCUACAAAAAUCAUCUAUCCUAAUAUCUGCUCUUUUAGUUUAUUGUUUUAAAUGUACAAAUGACCCCCGAUACUACAAUAGUGUACUUUGUACCCUACAGUCCCACCUUGGCUAUAAAAGACUCGACGUAAAUACACCUUCGGGUCGCAUCCUUCGUAGUUCCCACUAUGACCUAUCCGAAAGGCUACAGGACUCUUUAAAUUGUAAAUACCAACGGCUUUGUAUUGGUUGACACAACCAAUCUGAACUUUAUUGACAUUUAUUUGCAGAGUAAACAAUUUGUUUUACUUUCAUGAAUGAGCCGCUGUCCUUAGGACCUAAGAUCAAUGUUAACUACACCUUAUGUCGACCUCACAAGACAGCUUUUCAUUUAAUCCCGGCAUUGUUACCGGACCUAUUGCAGCUGUACAUGUGGUUCUAUCGAUCGAUGCUUCGCGCAAGCGUCUCUAUACAUGCAAGGCGUCACGACACACGAAUUCUAACAGAACUGACAGCGAAAUGAUAUGAAUGUAUGGAAACACAUCAUUUAAUAUCGAAGCGGAUGUACUUAGAGGUUUAAUGCAUUGUAAAUGAUAUUUUCGUAACAAAAUACGGGUGUAUGUGCACCGCAUACCAAUUGGGUCUAAUGCUUUCCAAUACGCGAGCUCUGGUCCAAUUGGCGAGGGUUCGCGCAUGCUCAGUUUGUCCAAAGGUGGUUUUUUAUCAAAAAAUAAUAAUUUUACUUAGUGUCAGUGAUGUAAAGGACAUUCAACGCCGCCGGGCGACCCGGCUGGCGUGAAAAAUGUAGUAGUCAAAUAGUCUUACUGAAAGACAACAUACGAUUAGUUUAGUUGAACGUUUCAUGUCAAUUGUUAUAGUGUAUAUCGAUUGUACGUAGAAAUAUCGUUGUUUUAGGAUAAUAUAUUAACAGUAAAUACCGCUAGAACAAAAUGCCGGACUGGACGUGGUUGGUGUUCGCGGCGGUUUUCGGGGCCGUAUCAGCCCUGUCCGUGCCGCUGGCGCUGCUCAUCUACUUCGUGCGGCCCUUUGAAAAAAAGCCCCAGGUGCAGGAGGAUUACAGCAUACCUGUAACAUUACCCGCUGAUAUUCUAAACGAGCUCACCCGCGGCGUCGGCAACUCUCCGGAGGGGGCUCUCAACACCAUGCUGCAGUUCAUCUUCCAACAGAGUACGGCUGACACCCGCUGGUUGCGCCGUCGCCUAGCAACGGAGCUAGCAGAGUUACUCGCUAAGACAUCCUCGGGGAAAAUAUUUGAAUCUUUAACGCUUCGUUCCCUUGAAGUUGGAUCCGAGUUCCCGAGCAUCACGAACCUUCGGCUAGUGUCCGGUGAACUGGAAGAGGACGGGGCGCGCCUGCGGGCGUUAGACCUUCGCUUCGACCUGGCUUAUGAUGGCAACUUCAAGAUCGAUGUCGACGCAGUCAUGCUACUGGGGAAGAUCGCCAAUAUAUCUAUUACAGUGGAGAGCCUAAGUGGGAACGUUAGAGUAAUGUUUCGCCGCACCCCAUACACACACUGGGCGCUAGCAUUCGAGUCACCACCGAAGCUAGAGCUCCGCGUGCGAGGAAGGUUCCAGGGUAGACAGAUCAAGCCUAGAUUGGCUUCGUUGGUCGCAGCACAUAUCAGAAGGGCGGUUGCCCAAAGGCAUUCUCUGCCUAAUUAUAAAAUACGAUACAAGCCGUUCUUCCCGAAGUCGGACCCCGGGAGUACGGAGGGUGACGAUGGGCCGACCCCUCACGGCCGGCUGACGGUGCGCCUGAUGGAGGUGACGCGACUGCAGUGGUCGGGGGGUCCCGCUAGUGUGCGCGCUGCCUUAGCUGUAGACUCACAUGGAUGGGUAUCCCUUCGCCGCGGAGUCCUGGUCCUAGACGUGGUGUUGCCAGCGGUCAGCGGGCCGCUCGGCCUGGUGUGUUGCCAGGGCGUGGGAGCCGUGUUAGUCGACACAGUUGUUCCGAUGUCGCCUGCCUACCGCGCCGACCUGCGCCGCGACGAUAUCGUACUUGCUAUCGACAACAAGCCGGUUAAUAACGUUGCUCAGGUGGGUAAGCUCCUGCGUCUAGUCGAGCGUCGAGCAGUAACAGUACGUGUGAAGCGUGGGGGAAGCGGCGCGUGCGCUCGCAGAGACGAGGCUGCUGAACCCAAGCGGAUCAAACCCAACUUCUCCUUCAGAAGGGUGUCCGAAGUCAUGGAGGGGGUUCGACUCCAGGGCAUGAGAGCUGCCGCGUCUAAGAGCAAUUUACAGGAUUCAGAGUCCAGUCCAGCGAAAACAGUAGAACCACAAAAUGAGACUGAUGCACAAGCCAAACAAAAAAUAGAGCCGUCACGGCAACCGAAACCGGAGCAAUCUCCCUCGACCAACCUCGGUCUUCGGAAGCGCCGGUGUUCCGUAGAAAAUAAGUCUUCCGAUAGUUCAGCCGGCAGUACCCCGCCAGCGUCCGGCGCGAGCACACCUCUCCGGCAAGCCAGCGUCAUCAACAAGACCGUCAAACACCCAGACAUACCCAUCAUAAGAACAGACUCCUCAGAAUGCAGAAUACCAGAAAAAGAGCCGUCUGAAGAAGAAGAACAGAUCUUUGAAGUCGGAGGCCCAAGACAGUGCGAACAUGUGGAGAUUUGCCAAAUGUUUUGGACUAAAAACACUUCUUUAAAGCCUAUCAUACCAUUUGAUGAACAGACAGAAUUCAAGCUGAACGAAAAUCACAAAUACUUGAACAUUAAUGUGUGGGCGACGGUGUCUGGGGAAAAGGAGGAGAUUCUGUUGGGAUACCUGAAUAUACCCCUGACUGCUUUGUUAGCAGAGUGUCAGGAUUCAACUGUUCCGCAUCAUAUGAAGCGGUACCAGUUUCUACCGCCAGAUGUCGAUAUAAAGUUCAGCAAAAGCCACAAGCUAUCAUCUCACGCCGGCUUCGAACCCUGCCUGUGUUUCGGCGACGCGUUGGUCUGGUGGGAGUGGGAGGGGCUCGGGACGACGCGCACCUCACCUCGUACGAGCCGCGACCCCGUGCUACCGCGCCCGCCCAAACCCGCGAGAACCUCACACGACUUCGUGAGGACGCACUUCCAUAGGUCGACGCAAUGCGAUUUCUGUAAUAAGAAGAUCUGGCUGAAAGACGCGAUGCAGUGCCGCAACUGCGGCCUCUCCUGCCACAAGAAGUGCGUCACCAAGUGUCAGGAGUCCUCGCCGUGUAUCACCAAGCAGGACCGAGAUCCGUCAGCCACAUUGGGCUGUCCACCACCGGAGUUGAUCAUGACUGAAGCUGACUCCAUCGCUGACCCUGACUCCGAUGACGAGCCCGAAAGGAAAGACUCAUUAGACGUCCACGAAGAGGGUGGUGGAGCUAUGAGCGCGCUGGUGGCUGGACUAAGACGCGCCGGCUCCGCUCAUUCCCUUUCAGCGCCAAAAAGCAACGCCUCCUCCAGAUCCCUGCCUCCGUCGCCCAGCCACACACCCAGUUCGCACAACAUUUUGUCCUUCAACGUUUGAAGAUACACAAGGUAUUUCACAGUAAUUGUUAUGUUCUCACUUCUUUGUCCUUUUAUUCCCAUCCUUUCCAAUUGAUUUUGCUAAGGUCAUUCGAGAAUUUAUCGGAGCGCUUUCCCGAUCGCUGGACAAACAUUAAUUAAAAAGAAUAAACAACAAAUCAGUAAAAAAGUCUAUAUGAUAAAUCACAAGACUAUGAUCAGAAGUAAUGGAUUAACCUUGCAUUUACAUCGGUAUGGUCUUGCGAACUAAUAUGGAAUGCUCAUUCUUUAUGUCCUAGUCUACACGUGCUGUACGUAUGAUAUAAAUCAGACACAAAGGGAACUAUAAAUUCUAUGAUCUACUACGUAAAUCAAUCAUCGGGAUAUAAAUAUGGAUUUAUAAUAAAUAUUGUUAACCAAAAUCUAAAUAGGAUGAUCAAAAAUUUAAUAAGAAAUAUCUUGGAAUUUUCGAAGCCAUUCAAAGAUGCGAAUGCAUUAUUUUUGUUUUUUAGUAAUGAAUGUUUCUUUAAACAAUACGGAUAGAGGUGUAGGUUCUUUUGAACCUUCUUUUGAAAAAAAUAGGGUCCUGUAUGUUUCCAUUUGUAGUUUGGAUUUCUUCUUGUGGUUUGUGUAUUCAACCCUUGAUUGUUUAUUGUUUUAUUUAUCGAAAACUAAAUGUAUUUCAGCAGUUUUAGAUCCUUCUAUUUAAUGUUGUACCCGUAUUCUUGUUUUACUUUUAUCCUGUACCAGUUUUAGCCCUUUAUUCUGUACAAUUUCUUGUGCCGAACGUUUUGUGUAAGCUUCCACAGUAUUCAACCUUAAGCUGUCAACAGCCAGCUAGCUAGAGAGCACCCCCACACGCUCUUAUUACCUAAAUAUCAAUACCUUUUUUGAUCCUAUAUUAUGUCGCUAUCCGUUGCAUUGCCACAGCUGCUAUUGCAUUGUUAGGGACAGACAGAACUUGUAGAAAGAACGAGAAUGAAAUAACACGCAUCCCAAAAUGUUUUGCGCUGAUGAAACACUAAUAAAAUUAAACUAUCCUUCCGCUUUCUAAUGUUCCUGUUACACAUUGUGAUGUAGGAAAUGAAAGACCAACAACUUAUAGGCCAACGAGCUGCCCGGCUGACGUAAAGGAUCACGCACUGAAGGCAAGCACCCCUGGAUAAUUCACUUAGUUUACUUCUGUCACUCCCAUUCACCUGUCGUUCCAUUUCCAACUCUUCUCAUACAAUGUGGUUAAAGAAAGAAAGAGCCUACAAUUUGUUGACGAGCAGCCCGUGUGACGUAAAGGAAGCAGUCGCUGGAGUCGGGCAACCCGUUCGGCGGGUGCGGCGCGACGUGGGUG